AUGCCUGAAAUUCUUGGUAGCACCACUGCUUCAAAGCAAGUGCUUGGUUUAAACAUUUCUCUAUUGAAAGGUGGUACUAUCAGUCAAACAAUUGUUGGUGCCAUUAUCACUUCUCUAGUGAUUGCCUCCACCGUCGCAACCAUCGUUCUCGUAACCACUGGUAUUGGUUACUCUCCACCAGUUGCAGAACUUGACGUUGCAUCCACAUUCAAACGUGUUCCAGUUACAAUCGACGUUCUUCACAAUGAUCGUGAUCCACGUGGUGGUAAUUUGACACUCACUCAAAUUGUUUCUCCCCCUUCAUUUGGUACAGCUCGUAUUUUGUCUCAAUCAAAGAUUGUUUAUCAAUCGAGAGGUGCCUUUAUGGGUAAUGAUUCGUUUAGUUAUGAAGUUACUAAUGGUUAUGCUACUGCUAAUGCGACUGUCAGAGUGUCAGUUGUCAAUAGACCACCACAAGCUGUGCCAAUUUAUAAAAAGAUUUCAAAGAAUGCGAACAAGGCAUUGAUUGAUAUCUUUAAUUAUAUUGGUGAUUCAGAUGAAAAGAUUUUUGACAUUGACAAUGAUGAAUUAUUGGCAGUUUCAUUUGGUGAUCAACAAAUUAUUAGUGGAAAUAGUCAUAUUGUUGGUUCAAUUCAAGUUGAUCCAUAUAAUGGUUAUUUGUAUACUCCUGUUCCUAAUUUUAACGGUAUUGAAAUGUUUAAUUAUACCAUAACUGAUGGAAAUGACACUGAUUCUUCCACAGUGACAGUUGAAGUUGACAAUGAUGCUCCAACUGCUGUUGAUGAUUAUUUCAGAACUCCAAAGUAUUCUGGUAUCAAACUCAAUGUUUUAGCCAAUGAUUAUGAUAUUAACAAUGAUGAAGUUAACAUUACAAAUGCCAUUGGUGCUGGUUACGGAGCUACUCAAGUGUCAGAAAAGUCAAUUUAUUAUUAUACAUCAUCUGUAUUGAAUACCAAGUAUACUGAUACUUUCGAGUAUAGUAUUACUGAUGGUCAAAAAGAGGCAUCAGCUAUUGUUUUCAUUGAAGUUUACAAUAGUGAGCCAAUUGUUUAUUCUAAAGUUGUUCAAGUUGCCAAGUCAAGUUCUAACAACACUAUUACUGUAGAUUAUAACGACCCAGAUCGUAAGGAUUUAGUCACCGUUUCAAGAAUUACACCUGUCUUGUCAUCACUCAAUCCACCUGCCAAAUUAAUGUUAGCUAAAACUUAUGAACAAGUCAGAUUUGAAUGUUGUGAUUGGAUCAAGGUUGAAACUAACAAUUACACCAUUGUUUUUGCUCCAACUCCUGGAAUUGUUUACACUCAAACACUUGACAUUGUCAUGUCAGAUGGUGAAAGUGAAGGAAAUGGUAGAAUUACCAUUCAAGUUGUUAAUACUCCACCUGUUGCUGUUGAUGAUCAUGCUGAAUGUAACAAGAAUCAACAAAUUUAUGUUAACGUUGCUGCUAAUGACUAUGAUGUCAAUGAAGGUGAUACUGCUCUUAUUCAAUUGUCAAAUGUCAAUUGGAAUUCCAAUACUGAACAAGGUGGUUCCAUCACUCGUAUCAACUCUACUCAUGUACUUUAUAUUCCAAAGAAGAAUUUCUUAGGAACUGACAUUGCUCAAUAUGUCAUUACUGAUCAAAGCAAAGACCAAAAUGGAAAUCCAGAUUCCACAAGUUAUUCAACUGGUAAAUUAAUUGUUCAAGUUGUUAAUAAUCCACCUACUCCUGCUGAUGAUGAAUUCACUAUUUCUAAGGGUAUUUCAUCUGUUUUGAAUGUUUUAGAUAAUGAUUCUGAUCCAAAUGAUGGAUAUGGAUCUGUUUCUGUAAUUAAUUCUGUUAGUACAAGUUCUAUUAAGAAUAUUUUGGCUAGUAUUGUUAAGGGUUCUAAGGAUAUUCUUGAAUAUCUUGCUGUCAAUGAAGAAUAUGUUGAUUUCUUGACAUAUGACGUUACUGAUGCUGAUGGUAUGACAUCUACUUAUAAGGCAAAUGUCAAACUUAAUGUUGUCAAUGAUGCUCCUGUUGCUGAAAAUGAUGUCUAUGAAACCAAGUGGAAUAGAUCUGUCUCUUGUUCUGUCAAGGAUAAUGACAAGGAUAUUAAUGGUGACUUGUCAAAGUCAACAAUUUCAAUUUCUAAAAAUCCAACUCAUGGUUCUGUUCAAGUUAUUGGUGAUUUGGUUACUUACACUCCUUACAAUGGAUUUGUUGGUUCUGAUUCCUUCCAAUAUACUCUUAAUGAUGGUAGCUCUGCAAAUGCCGUGUCAAAUGCUGCAACUGUCACUGUCAAUGUCAUUAACAAUGCACCUGUCACUCAACAAGAUACUGCCACCACUCACUGGAGAAACACAGAUGGUGUCUUUAUCAAUCCAUUAUUAAAUGACAGUGAUCCAGACAAUGAUGAAAUUGUUCUUUCCAGAACUAGCUCAACAGAUGGCACUUCCUCAUUGGUUUCUACCACCUUCCUCAAAUUUAUUCCAAAUCAAUCAACUCCUUCCACUGGUGAUAAACAAGUUUCUUAUACAGUUUCAGAUUGGAAUAAGGAAAGUGAUGGAAAGAUUAUUGUAACCAUUACAAAUACUAAACCAAUUGCAAGUGAUGAUCAAUAUACACUUCACUGGGCUGCUUCUGCAACUAAUUUGAAUGUUUUGGAGAAUGAUGCUGAUCCAGAUAGUGAUCCAAUUAGUUUGGGAAAUGUCAAGGGUUCAACAGCAGCUGUCAAGAAUGGAAAUUCUGUCAGUUAUACUCCAAAGAAGGAUGGUAAGCAAGAUACUUUCCAAUAUUCUGCAUUUGAUAGAGUUGAUUACUCUACUGAUGCAACUGUCACUGUCAGUUUCACAAAUAAUGACAAGCCAGUUGCUUCUGACGUUUCCACUACUCUUCACUGGAGAGUUUUUGCUUCUCAAUCCAAUCAACAAGAUUUCACAGUUUAUUCCAAACAAACUGAUUUCGAUGGUGAUAGUUUAACCCUAUCUGUCACUGAAACUGCCAACUGUGCCAAGACAACUGACAGCAUUGCCAAAGUCAGAGUUAAAGGUCCAAGCAACCAAGUUGGUACCUAUUCCUGCUCAUUCUCUGUUUCUGAUGGCUUAGACACUUCUGGCAUUAAAACAGCAAGUGUCAAUGUCUAUAAUAAUGCUCCAACAUGUUCUGACAUUGUCGUUGCUUUUAAUCCACAAUUUGUUGAAAGUGGUCAAACUUAUUUAUUGGGAUCUUCUGUUUCUGAUGCUGAUUCUAAUGAUUUCCCAUUCCUUGCCCCAGUUGAUCCAGCAGGUACCAUUCAAACAGGUGACAUUUUCAGAGUGGACUUGUCAGAUGCCAAGAAACUUUAUUUUAAACCUAAUACAAAUACUGGUGACAGAAAUUAUCGUUAUAAGGUCAGUGAUGGAAUUUCCAAAUCUGCUGAAUGUAACUUUAAGAUUAUUGUAAACUCUUUGGAUUCUGGUGAUUACAAUCAAGCGUAUGAUGUUCAUUGGAAUUCAACAAAUUUCCAAGUUCCAAUUUUGGCGCCAUUUGUUGGUAAGAGUAUUACUAUAAAGAGUAAAAAGACAAAUCCAUCACAAGGACAAGCAACUGUUGAUGCUGAUAAUCAAAAGGUUUAUUUCACUCCUGCAAGAAAGUUGUACGUUGAUAGUUUUGUAGUGGUUGUGACAGAUGGCACUUUUGAUAAUGAUGUGACAGUUACAUUGUCAACAUAUAAUACUAAUCCAACUGCUUCUGUUCCAACACAAACUAUGAAUUGGGGAACUUCCAAGACCAUCAAUCUUUUACAAAAUUAUGCUGACAAGGAUAUGACAGAUGGUUUCGAAUCGAUUGGUAAAAUUAGUUCAGUUUCUUCUGCUGUUAAGGGAACUGUUUCACUUUCUGGUAAUAACGCCAUUUACACUGCUCCAGAUCUUUACAUUGGAAGUGAUUCAUUUACUGCAACUGCCACUGAUGGACUUGCCACUGUCACUUUUACUGUCAAUAUUAAUUUAAUUAAUUCUGCUCCUAUUGUUACUAAUAAGGAUAUUUCAAUCCAUUGGUCUAAACAUGCCGCUGGAUAUGCUAUUGAUUUGUCAACUGGUUCUUCAGAUCCUGAAAAUAAUCCAUUGACAUUUGCUGUCAGCUCUGCAAGUAUUUCACCAUCAAGUGCUGGAACAGUGACAUUUAGUUCACCAUCCAGUGGUGUUGUAAAGGCUGGCUCUUCUGUCUAUCUUGGUAAAUUCACAUUCUCCUUCUCUGCAAGUGACAGAUUAAUUUCAACUCCUGGUUCUGUAGCUGUCACUGUAAUUAAUGACAUGGCCACACCAAUUGCUGAUUCUGCUAAUGUCCAUUGGAGACAAACUGGUGUAGAAUUGAAUCCUAUCACUAAAUAUGAACCUACUUUGAAAGAUACAGAUGGUGAUAGUUUGACAAUUAGUGCUGUCAAAGCUCAGAAAGGAAGUGUCACAAUUCACACAUCAAAGACUGCCAUUGUUUACAAUGCUCCUUCAAAUGCCAUUGGACAAGAUGUUGUUACUUAUAGAUUCACUGAUGGUGCUCAAUCCCUUGAAGAUUCCAGAACUGUCGUAAAUGUCAAUUUAUAUAACAAUGCCCCUUCAGCUGUUGCUCAAUCAGCUUCAACUAAAUGGCAUUUACCUGUCCAAGUUCCAUUGACAAGUGCUUGUACAGAUACAGAUAGUUGGGAUUCUAACUUUGUUACAUUCAAUGGUGCUGUUUCCAAUAUUAUUGGUGGUUCAGUUUCAGUUUCUAAUAGAAUCGUCACCUUUACUCCAUCCUUAACUCUUGCUCAAUACACCAAAUCAGGAGAUGUUUACACUGGUACUGCCUCUUUCAAUUUCCAAUGUACUGAUGGUUUGGCAACAGCUGUCAACCCAGGUGUCGCAACCAUCACUGUCACUAAUAAUGCUCCAACUGGAACAGGCAAAUCUGUCACAAUUCAAAGAGAUUAUACAAGAACUUCAUAUGAUUUUGCAUGGACAGACAUGGCUACUUACUCAGAUAUUGAUGGAAAUUCUGUUUCCUUAAUUAAAUUCUCAUCAUCUGAUUCAGCAAUUUCAAUUUCUACAAUUGGAAAUACUAUUAGAUUGACAACUCCAAGAGAUGUCAGAGGUGUCAAGAUAAUUUCAUUCAAAUUAUUUGAUGGACUUCAUGAAAGUACUAACGAAUUGAAAUUUACUGUUGAAUUCCUUAAUACUGCUCCAGUUUGUAAAGCUGCAUCAGUGUCACUUGCCAAGAGACAAUCAUAUGACCUGUCACAAUUAUUCUCAGCAACUGAUGUCAAUAAUGAUGUAUUGAGACAUACUUUGAGUGGUGCUGUUCCAGCUGAAUUUGGUUCAACUUCUGGAACUGUUUUCACAAGUGCUGCCAGUAGAAGUGGUGUGACAAGUGUCAGUUAUACCACAACUGAUGGACAAGAUACAAGCUCACCUUGUGUAAUUACCAUUACUAUUACCAAUAAUGCACCAAUCGCUCAAGACGCUGGUUACAGUUUCAAACCAGAUCCUGCAAACUUGAUUCACACUUUCACAUACACUGCUACUGAUCCUGAUGGUGACAGUUUGACAUAUUCUUCAUCCAGUAAUAAUUGUGUUUCUGGUGCUUUGGCUACUACUCUUUCUAUUUCAUCAUCUGGUGUUAUCACUUUCAAUAGAAAAUCAUCAGCUGUUGCUGGAGUUUGUACCAUGUCAGUAACCGUAGUUGACAAUAACAAUCCAAGUGCUUCUGACACUGCAACUGUUACAUUUACCAUCACUGCUACUCCACCAACUGCCAGAGAUGAUAGAUUCCAAAUUAAUCAAGGUCAAACUAUCAGAAUUUUCACAAGUCAAAUUUUGGCAAAUGACAAUGACGAAUAUGGUUCAGCAACUUCCUUGACAUUUGUUUCUUUCGAAUGUCCAGCUGGUUACUGCCACAGUACUCCUAGAUUAGUCACUUACAAUGGUCAACAAGCUAUUGAACUCGACUCUGAUCAAAAGACCUGUCAAGCUGACAAAUUCAAAUACACAAUGCGUACUAAUUUGGGAGCUGAACGUCAAGCAGAUGUUUUCAUUGAAUUCAAGAAUUGUUACUGUGCUGCCAAGAUUGACUUUGUCUUUUUAUACGAUUCAUCUGGUUCCAUUGGUGGAACAAACUUUAACAAAAUGAGAGAUUUAGGUAAACGAAUUAUUGGAAGAAUGCAACUUGCUGAAGAUGCCAUUAAGGUUUCAAUUGUAAGAUUCCAUUCAUCAGGUGUUAGAGCAUUGUCUUUAACUUCUAAUGGUGCUACUGUUAAUAAUACUUUUACCUCCAUGACUUAUGAUGCUGGAAAUACUGCAACUAUUGCUGGUAUGAGAAUGGCUGUUGAUGCUUUGAGACCUGCUAAUGGUGGUAGAGCUGAUGCUGAUAAGGUUAUUUAUGUGCUCACUGAUGGUCUCGGUAACGUACCAUGUAGUUGUUCUCAAUGUGAAACUGAAUGGUCAUCCACUCCAAGUGUCUAUCCAAAAACAGUUCAACAAGACAUUCUCAAUACUCUCUCAGGAACUUCAAGAACCAAUGCUCUCCGUAAUAUGUGUGCUUACCAAUUCUCUGAUUCAUCUGUAUUGAAUGGAAAAACAUGUUCCUAUUGUAGUGGUGGUAAUGCUGCCUAUUGUUUACCAUGUGCUGAUGCUGUUCCAAUUGCCAAGAAGAUUAAUAGUUGGAAACGUGAUGCUAAUGGAAUUGUUCCAAAUGAUCCUGAUAAUCCAUAUAAUGGUAAUAAUAGAGUUCAAUGGAAGGUUGUUGCUAUGGCUGUUGGUAAUGCCAUGACUGAUGUUUGGGGAGCUAGACAAAUUCAAGGUAUGAAUUAUGAUGCUAGUAGAGCAAUUACAGUCUCUUGGACUGAUUUGUCAUCUACAAUGAGUGAAAUUGUCGAUCAAUCUUGUAAUCAAGUCAAUGUUGAAACUGCUCAAUAAAUUCAAUAACUAGUUUCUAAUU